GCCACAUGUGCCAAAAGUGUGCCAUACAUUGAAAGUUACGGUGAGGUGUCUCUUCCUCAUAGCGUUCGGCCCUCCUUUUCCUGGUCCAAUCUGUCUGUGCCUUCUUGAAUAUCUUCGCCUUCUGAAUCAAGGAUCCCCUUGUGUUUGCCAUCUUAGUUAACCCUUCGCUGUCCUUUGUCCUACCAUCAUGGCCGACCUCUACCCAGACCUCAAAGACCGACCUCUCAAGGAGACAAUCUGUCUCUUUGAUGUCGACAACACCCUCACCCCUGCGCGCUUGCCCAUCUCGCCCGAGAUGAGACAGACUCUUGCCAGAUUAAGACACAAGUGCGCAAUUGGCUAUGUUGGAGGGUCCAACUUCCCCAAACAGCAAGAACAAAUCGGCACAUCGACGCUCUCGGUCAAGGAAUUCUUUGACUUCUGCUUCGCCGAGAACGGCCUUGAGGCUUAUCGUCUCGGGCAACCCCUACAGUCCACCUCAUUCAUCCAGUGGAUCGGAGAAGAAAAAUACCAGAAACUAGCCAAAUGGAUCUUGAAGUACAUUGCCAACCUUGAAGGUCUCCCGGCCAUGCGAGGAACGUUCAUUGAGUUCAGAAACGGUAUGAUCAAUGUCAGCCCGGUUGGUCGUAACGCCAGCACGGCCGAGAGAAACGAGUUCGAGGCUUGGGACAAGAAGACGGGUUGCAGACCGAAGAUGAUUGAAGAAUUGAAAAAGGCCUUCCCCGACUUGGCUGUCACAUACUCCAUCGGAGGUCAAAUCUCCUUCGACGUCUUCCCGACAGGUUGGGAUAAGACGUACUGUCUACGGCAUGUCGAGGCAGAGGCGGACCCAAGCAAGGGACUGUCCGGCAUCAACUACAAGAACAUUCACUUUUUCGGCGACAAAUGCUUCAAGGGCGGUAACGACUGGGAGAUCUACGACGAUCCGAGAACGAUCGGCCACUCCGUCAAAAACCCUGAGGACUGUCUGAAACAAAUCAAAGAACUCUUCGACGUUUGACUUGCAUCCCACCUCUAAGCGGACAUGCACCUCGAAAUGGCAACGGACGCAAAUUUUCUCAGACUUGCCCCCAGAGACCGAAAACUUUAAAGGAUGAUAAAUGGGUGUUUUUCAGCAAUCAUACGGUAGACUCAUAGACAGAGUACAACGGGAACAGGACAUGAUUUGGCUCACGAAUGAAAGAAGUAAUUGGCCCGAUGACCACUGCACGUUUCAGGAACUAUGACAGAUCCCAUGCGUUAUGUACCAUUCCACAUGGUCUGAUUGACCACGAGUAUGCCAUCAAAAUGUUCCCAGCAAGAAAUAGUUCUGGCUGGGCUCUACGUGUUAUUUUCUCUCAUAGCUUCCAUGACCAGGUCAACACUAC